CCCGCGCUGCGCCUCGACGUCCCGCCCGACUGAGUCCGCGCGCCGCAAGCGAGUAGACGGUCUUCCGGGGGCCGGGGGAGCUAGAUAGCUGGGCUCGCCGGCUAUGGCUACGUGGGCGGGGACCGAGGUCUCGGCGCUGAACCCGCUGCGCGCCUUUUGGCUCACGCUUGCUGCCACCUUCCUACUGACCCUGCUGCUGCAGCUCGUGCCGCCCGGCCUGCUUCCGGGCUGCGCGUUCUUCCAGGACCUGAUCCGCUAUGGAAAAACCAAGGAAGGGGUGCCAUCGCGCCCGGCCGCCUGCCGGGUCUUUGAUGUUCCCAAGAGGUAUUUUUCGCAUUUCUACAUCAUCUCAGUGCUGUGGAACGGGUUCCUGCUUUGGAGCCUUACUCACUCUCUGUUCAUGGGAGCACCUUUUCCAAACUGGCUUGACGGUCUGCUCAGAAUUCUUGGGACUGCGCAGUUCCGAGGGGGUGAGCUCGCACUGUCUGCAUUCUUAGUGCUAGUGUUUCUAUGGCUGCACAGCCUGCGAAGACUGUUCGAGUGCUUCUACGUCAGUGUCUUCUCCAAUGCCAUGAUCCACGUCGUGCAGUACUGUUUUGGACUUGUGUACUAUAUCCUUGUUGGCCUAACUGUGCUGAGCCAAGUGCCCAUGGACGGCAGGAACGUCUAUGUGAUAGGGAAGAAUCUCCUGAUGCAGGCUCGGUGGUUCCAUAUCCUCGGAAUGAUGAUGUUCAUCUGGUCAUCUGCCCAUCAGUAUAAAUGUCAUGUCAUCCUCAGCAAUCUCAGGAAAAACAAAGCAGGAGUGGUCAUUCACUGUAACCACCGAAUCCCUUUUGGAGACUGGUUUGAAUACGUCUCUUCCCCUAACUACUUGGCAGAGCUGAUGAUCUACAUUUCCAUGGCUGUCACCUUCGGUUUCUACAACUUGACUUGGUGGCUCGUGGUAACCUAUGUCUUCUUCAACCAGGCCCUGUCUGCUUUCCUCAGCCACAAAUUCUACAAAAGCAAAUUCAUCUCCUACCCGAAGCACAGGAAAGCUUUCCUGCCGUUUCUGUUUUAAGUUAACCUCCAGUUAUAAAGAAUGCAAACCAAGUGACGGGUUCAGUUCCUAAGGACAGGUAAGUCUAGAGACCAAAGUACAGUUUCUGUGGAAUGGCUUGAAACUCUGUUCCAUUUCUGUUAUCAGAAGUCUUCACUGCGUGAGCAAAGACAUACCCCUCCAGAAAAUGAGUCUUCAGACAAGAAAUCCUUCCUCCCGGCAGACAUGGGAAUGCUUUGUGUGCUUUCUGAGAUGCUCUAUAGAACCAACCAGCUGCUAGAAAAUAAAGAGCAGAUGACAGAAACAAAACCAGCCAAGAAUAUAUGAACAGCAUCUAACAAAUACAUACAUAUACAAAGGAAGAGACAAGCUCACAUGUGGCUUUGUUUUUGCUCCAGACAAACUAACUAGACAGCAGGAUAAGCAAUAUAGUAAGUGCUCAGUAAAUGCUUAUUGCAUUUCAGUCAAAGCAGAAUAGCCCUUGAAAAUAACAGCAAUGUAUAAUUUCACACUGAUGGAUUCAGGGGAAAGUGAGUUUAUUGAAGUUAUUUUAUACUUACUACACAAAGAUUACCAGUAAUGUAACCAUCAGUAGUCAUCUCCCCCUCGAAUCACAGCUUAACAGAAGGUUUGAAACCUCUUUUAUUUAAUACUUUUUUGACAUCCCUUUCUGGGGAGUACCUUAAAAGUGAAAGUAUCAAAAAUAAAGUAUUUUUGUAUUUAUGCAUAAAAGCCUUCAUGAAUGGCACUGACACUCCAGAUUGGAUAGCGCUGUAGCCUCAUUUGUACGUAGUUACUUAGACUGGAUUAAUAACUGCCUGAGUUUUUUUUUUUUAAGUGAUAUGAAAUUAUUUAUUUGACAAGCAGUUUAGUUUUGUUUUGAACUUACCAUAAGUUUCAUUUUCAUAUUUUGAACAUUUCACAGUAUUACAAGUUUAUAAGGA